AAAGAAGAAAUGUGUUGCCAGGACACACCUCAGCCGAAGGAGAAUGAUUUCUACUUUUGUUGUGACAGGAAAAGUUUUGACUCGAAAAUGUAUGUGUGCUGUGAAAACCGAAUUGUUCUAAAGGUCGAUGAAGAUGAUGACUGUUGUUGUGGAAACACUACAAUGAACUCGAAAGACUUUGUAUGUUGCCGAGGGAAACGUCAAAUAAAGUAUAAAGGGCAACAAACAGGUUGUUGUGGCGAUGAAAGCUACGGUAUGAAGGAUUCAAUGUGCUGCGAUAAAAAGGUGGUUGAGAAAGUAUCCAAGAAGGACGAUUGUUGUUGUGGUAAAACUACUAUGAACACAGAAGAUCAGAUUUGUUGUCUGGCAAAGCCACAGUAUGUUAGUGGGUCCAACUGGAUGUGUUGCGACAGGAACAGCUACAACCCACAAACACAUUUGUGUUGUGAAAACAAAAUAGUAAAGAAAGAAAAAACAGAGGACAACUGGUGCUGUGCAGAUGAUCCAUACGACACAAACACCCAGGUGUGUUGUGACAUGGUCGUUCAGCCCGCCUACGGUGAUCCAGAUACGACAAAAUGUUGCGGCACUAUUAGUUACGAUAUGGAGAACAUGAUUUGCUGUCACGGUGAUUUAUUGGAGAAGACGGACAAAGAUGAUAAAUGGUGUUGUGGUGAUGAAACGUACAACACGAGAAAGCACGUUUGUUGUAAUGGAAAAGUGAAACAGCCAAGAUACGGGGACCGGACACAAUGCUGUGACAAUAAAAGUUUUGAUAUGGGUACGCAUAUAUGUUGUAAUGAAAGCAUUUACAAAAUGAAUUCACCUGACGAUGACUGUUGCUGUGGAGACGAGUCAAUGAAUACAAGAAAUGAAAUAUGUUGCGAAGGCGUCCGACAAGCAAGAAUCGGUGGAGAAUAUACUGAUUGUUGUGGUACUGUCGCAUAUAACACAAGAAAACAAAUUUGCUGUGAACGAGACGGAGUCAGAGACAAACGAAACGAUGACGACGACUGUUGCUGUAUUGAUACAACAAUGGAGUCUUCAGAAGAAAUAUGCUGCAAAGAUGGUCCAGUUCCCAUCAGGGGAUCACAGGAAUUCACAGACUGCUGCUGUGGUCAAUCGUAUGACACCAGAAACCAGAUUUGUUGUGAAUGCAGUCUGGUCAAGAAAUCCAAAGUCUCCGACAAUUGGUGUUGUAAUGAUACUUCAAUGGACACUGAAACAGAAGUCUGCUGCUUCGGUAAACCACAACCUGCUGUAGCAGGGCCAGACACCAGAUGUUGCAAACUUAAGAGUUAUGAUAUAGACGAAUAUUUAUGUUGCAAUGGCACAAACUUGAUUAAAAAAAAAUCUACCGACGACAAUGUAUGUUGUGCGAAUGAACCUAUGAAUUUCGACACUCAAAUAUGUUGUGACGGUGAAGUUGAUAAAAGAAACGGUGGCGAAUUAACACAGUGUUGUAGUAAACAAAGCUUUGAUCCAAGAAAGGAAAUAUGCUGCCGUGAUAAUGAUGGAGAUUGGAACCCACGUCCAAAGAGAUCCAGGAAAGAUGACAUGUGCUGUGGUAAUGGAACUGUUGAUACAGACAACGAGAUAUGUUGUGAUGGAAGGGCUCAACCUGGUGGUCCAUAUUCUCAUUGUUGCCACGGAGUAAGCUAUGACAGUAAAACACAAAUAUGUUGCGGAGAUCAUGAUGAACAUUUUAUCAUUGAUAAAGAAGAAAAGGAUGACGAUUGCUGCUGUGGCAAACCCGGAAGUUAUGUCUCGGCAAAUGGAACAGAUCACAUAUGCUGUGAGGGAAAUAAACAACCACGGUGUGCUGGUCCUGAUACCAGGUGUUGUAGGGAUGUUAGUUACGACCCAGAAAUAUCGUUGUGCUGCAACGGAAUACAUGUUCACGAGAAAGAUUCAGCGGAUGAUAACUGCUGUUGUGGAGUAAACACAUUUAAUACUGAGGAUGAGCUUUGUUGUGAAAACACUACACAACCUGGCGGGCCGACAUGGGCAUGUUGUGUCGACAAGAGCUAUAACACAGAAACUCACAUCUGCUGUGAACACCGGAUAGUAGCUGUAGCAGAACCAGAGGAUAAAUGGUGUUGUGGUGACACAACAUACAAUAUGAAGAAACAUGUUUGCUGUCAAGGCUUAUACAAACAACCAAAACAAACACCGGAUCCAGAAGAUACAAAGUGCUGUAAUAAAUACAGCUAUAAUCCUUCGACUCAUAUUUGUUGUGAUGGCAAUAUCGUUGAAAAGGAAGACGUAAAGGAUACAAUGUGUUGUGGAAACGGUACAAUGAAUACAAAACAGAUGUGUUGCAAUAGAAAUGUUCAGCCUGGCGGUAGAACUUACACGUGUUGUAAUGAGUAUAGUUAUAAUACACUAACACAUUUGUGUUGUAACGGAAAAGUUAGAGAAAAGAAAAAUGACAACGACGACGGCUGUUGUGGGGAUGACAGUUCUGUAAAUAGUCAAACGGAGCUGUGUUGCAAAGGUGUUCCGCAAGCUGUUGAUCCAGAGUUUGGUGACUGUUGUGAUUCAAAUGUUUACGACGAAAGAACACAUAUUUGUUGUAAUGAUUCAGAAGUUAUAGCAAAGGAGGAUGAAAGAGACAACGUUUGCUGUGGUGACAGCACGAUGCAUGCAUCCGACCAUAUAUGUUGUAAUGAUGUAAGACAACCAAGAGUUGCCGGAGACGACACGCUUUGUUGCCUUGAUAAGAGUUAUGAUCCAGCUAAUAAGGUAUGCUGUGAUGGUAUGAGAUUAUCAAGGAAAUCAUCACCAGACGAUGACUGUUGUUGCGACGAUAAAACCUUCAACAGCAAGACGGACAUAUGCUGUGAAAAUGUACCGAAUCCUGGAUAUGGGUCUGACACACAGUGCUGUGGUAAGAAGAGCUUUAAUCAGAAAACGCAUGUGUGUUGCCACAAUGAAGUCAUAGAAAAGAUAAACGAGCAGGACGAUGGUUGUUGUGGCAAUAGAACUAUUGAUGCCAGUAGCCAGAUAUGCUGUAAUGGCAACCCACAACCAGGACCAAUCAGAAUGUAUUCCUGUUGUGGCGAUGAAAGCCAUAACGUCAAAACUCAUAUUUGCUGUGAUAAUAAUGACGUAAGGGAGAAACAUAAUUCUAAAGAUGACUGUUGUUGUGGUGAUACAUCCAUGAACACCAAAUCUGAGAUUUGUUGCGAUGGCAAAGUACGAACACGUGUUGGAGCGGAGAUGACAAAAUGCUGUCUGGAAGAAGCAUUCGAUCCAAUUAAACAAAUUUGCUGCGAAGGUCGUGUUAUUACCAAAGUUGAAGAGGACGACAACUUAUGUUGUGGAAAUGUAAGUUUUAACACAAUGGAACAGAUAUGCUGCAACCAUUCACCGCAGCCUCUUGUCGCAGGAUCCUCUACACAGUGUUGCGACAAUGUCAGUUUUAAUCCAGCAAAGCAACUGUGUUGUGAGAAGGGUGUUGUGGAAAAGGAGAGCGAUGAUGAUACAUGCUGUUGCGGUAAGAACAAAACAUAUAAUCCUGAUGAUGAGGUUUGCUGUGGAGGAAUCAAUCCACAGCCUAAAUAUGGAGACAAUAAUAAGUGCUGUAAACUUAAGAGUUACAACGCAGAUACACAAGUAUGUUGCGACAAAGAUGUUGUCGAUAAAACAGAUUAUGAUGAUGAUCAUUGUUGUGGAAAUUCAACGUACGAUAGUAUAAACGAAAUAUGCUGCGAGGGUGUCGCGCAGCCAAAGAAAGGUGGACCUUUUACUGACUGUUGCGAAAAGAAAAGCUUUGAUAUAAUGUCUGAGCUCUGUUGUGACGGAGAAGUUAUAACGAAAGAUGAUCUUAGUCAUGAUGAAUGCUGCGGAAAAAGCUCUAUGGACUCAAAGGACGAUAUAUGCUGUGAGGGUGUUACAAACAAAGGAUAUGGAAGAAACGAAAAAUGCUGUGGUUCGGAGAGUUACAACAUGAUCAAUUCAGUUUGCUGUAAUGGGAAUAUUGUUCAGAAAGCCAGUCCUGAAGAUACCGGCUGUUGUGGUGACAGUACUUUCAACUAUGAGACAGAGGUGUGCUGCUUGGGUGUAACAAAUGAUUAUUACGGGCCACGUACUGGUUGUUGCCUAGAUAAGAGUUACAACAGCAGUGAAUCAAUCUGUUGUGAUGGAACCACUGUGACAGCUAAACGUGAUAAAAAUGACAACUGGUGUUGUGGCAAUAAACCUUUCAAUACAAAGAUGGACGUUUGCUGUGAAGGCAAUAUACAACCGAAGUAUGGGCGAAACACGACUCAAUGCUGUCACGAGGUAAGCUUCGAUUCAACUUUGUCUUUAUGCUGUGGACGAACCAUCGUGACAAAACAUUCACCCGAUGCCGACAUGUGUUGUGGAAACACUACAGUUGAUAUGAGUAAGGAAAUAUGCUGUGAAGGAGUUCCAAGAUCGAGAACAGACGGUGAGUUUACGUCGUGUUGUAAAGACAAAAGCUACUCUACAAUGUCGCAACUCUGUUGUAAUGAAGGUGACCUGAGAAACAAAAACAGGGAUAAUGAUAGAGAAUGCUGUGGAACUAAAAACACAUUUAACCCAGCUAAAGAAAUUUGUUGUAACGGGGAAGCUUAUGAUGUAGGAGGUGUCGACAGUGCUGGAUGUUGCGACGGAAAAGGCUACAAUAUUGAAACACAUAUAUGUUGCAUAGAUAAAAUUGUUCCACGUGGAGAUGAAGGCAAUAACUGGUGUUGUGAUGAUGUUCCAUUCAACACUGCUACACACAUAUGUUGUAAUGGAAAUGUUGAUGAAAGAAAAGGGGGUGAAAUGGCAAGAUGUUGCUCACAAGACAGUUUCAACUCCCAAACCCACAUAUGUUGCGACAAUAAUGUGAUUGAAAAAACAAAAGACAAUGCUACAUGCUGUUGCGGUAAGACCAAAACAUAUAAUCCUGAUGAUGAGGUUUGCUGUGGAGGAAUCAAUCCACAGCCAAAAUAUGGAGACAAUACUAGGUGCUGUAUACUUAAGAGUUACAACGCGGAUACACAAGUAUGUUGCGACAAAGAUGUUGUCGAUAAAAAAGACAAUGAUGAUGAUCAUUGUUGUGGAAACUCAACGUACGACAGUAUAAACGAAAUAUGCUGCGAGGGUGUCGCGCAGCCAAAGAAAGGUGGACCUUUUACUGACUGUUGUGACAAGAAAAGCUUUGAUAUAAUGUCUGAGUUAUGUUGUGACGGAGAAGUUAUAACGAAAGAUGAUCUUAGUCAUGAUGAAUGCUGCGGAAAAAGCUCUAUGGACUCAAAGGACGAUAUAUGUUGUGAGGGUGUUACAAACAAAGGAUAUGGAAGAAACGAAAAAUGCUGUGGUUCGGAGAGUUACAACAUGAUCAAUUCAGUUUGCUGUAAUGGGAAUAUUGUUCAGAAAGCCAGUCCCGAAGAUACCGGCUGUUGUGGUGACAGUACUUUCAACUAUGAGACAGAGGUUUGCUGCUUGGGUGUAACAAAUGAUUAUUACGGGCCACGUACUGGUUGUUGCCUAGAUAAGAGUUACAACAGCAGUGAAUCAAUCUGCUGUGAUGGAACCACUGUGACAGCUAAACGUGAUGAAAAUGACAACUGGUGUUGUGGCAAUAAACCUUUCAAUACAAAGAUGAACGUUUGCUGUGAAGGCAAUAUACAACCGAAGUAUGGGCGAAACACGCAAUGCUGUCACGAGGUAAGCUUCGAUUCAACUUUGUCUUUAUGCUGUGGACGAACCAUCGUGACAAAACAUUCACCCGAUGCCGACAUGUGUUGUGGAAACACUACAGUUGAUAUGAGUAAUGAAAUAUGCUGUGAAGGAGUUCCAAGAUCGAGAACAGACGGUGUGUUUACGUCAUGUUGUAAAGACAAAAGCUACUCUACAAUGUCGCAACUAUGUUGUAAUAAAGGUGACGUAAGAAACAAAAAUAGGGUUGAUGAUAGAGAAUGCUGUGGAACUAAAAACACAUUUAACCCAGCUAAAGAAACUUGCUGUAACGGGGAAGCUUAUGAUGUAGGAGGUGUCGACAGCGCAGCAUGUUGCGACGGAAAAGGCUACAAUAUUGAAACACAAAUAUGUUGCAUAGAUAAAAUUGUUCCACGUAGAGAUGAAGGCAAUAACUGGUGCUGUGAUGAUGUUCCAUUCAACACUGCUACACACAUAUGUUGUAAUGGAAAUGUUGAUGAAAGAAAAGGGGUUGAAAUGGCAAGAUGCUGCUCACAAGACAGUUUCAACUCCCAAACCCACAUAUGUUGCGACAAUAAUGUGAUUGAAAAAACAAAAGACAAUGAUAACAUGUGUUGUGGUAAGAACAAAACAUAUAAUCCUGAUGAUGAGGUUUGCUGUGGAGGAAUCAAUCCACAGCCAAAAUAUGGAAACAAUACUAGGUGCUGUAUACUUAAGAGUUACAACGCGGAUACACAAGUAUGUUGCGACAAAGUUGUUGUCGAUAAAAAAGAUAAUGAUGAUGAUCAUUGUUGUGGAAAUUCAACGUAUGAUAGUAUAAACGAAAUAUGCUGCGAGGGUGUCGCGCAGCCAAAGAAAGGUGGACCUUUUACUGACUGUUGUGACAAGAAAAGCUUUGAUAUAAUGUCUGAGCUAUGUUGUGACGCAGAAGUUAUAACAAAAGAUGAUCUUAGUCAUGAUGAAUGCUGCGGAAAAAGCUCUAUGGACUCAAGGGACGAUAUAUGUUGUGAGGGUGUUACAAACAAAGGGUAUGGAAGAAACGGAAAAUGCUGUGGUUCGGAGAGUUACAACAUGAACAAUUCAGUUUGCUGUAAUGGGAAUAUUGUUCAGAAAGCCAGUCCCGAAGAUACCGGCUGUUGUGGUGACAGUACUUUCAACUAUGAGACAGAAGUCUGCUGCUUGGGUGUAACAAAUGAUUAUUACGGGCCACGUACUGGUUGUUGCCUAGAUAAGAGUUACAACAGCAGUGAAUCAAUCUGCUGUGAUGGAACCACUGUGACAGCUAAACGUGAUAAAAAUGACAACUGGUGUUGUGGCAAUAAACCUUUCAAUACAAAGAUGGACGUUUGCUGUGAAGGCAAUAUACAACCGAAGUAUGGGCGAAACACGCAAUGCUGUCACGAGGUAAGCUUCGAUUCAACUUUGUCUUUAUGCUGUGGACGAACCAUCGUGACAAAACAUUCACCCGAUGCCGACAUGUGUUGUGGAAACACUACAGUUGAUAUGAGUAACGAAAUAUGCUGUGAAGGUGUUCCAAGAUCGAGAACAGACGGUGAGUUUACGUCUUGUUGUAAAGACAAAAGCUACUCUACAAUGUCGCAACUCUGUUGUAAUGAAGUUGACGUGAGAAACAAAAAUAGGGAUGAUAAUAGAGAAUGCUGUGGAACUAAAAACACAUUUAACCCAGCUAAAGAAAUUUGCUGUAACGGGGAAGCUUAUGAUGUAGGAGGUGUCGACAGCGCUGGUUGUUGCGACGGAAAAGGCUACAAUAUUGAAACACAUAUAUGUUGCAUAGAUAAAAUUGUUCCACGUGGAGAUGAAGGCAAUAACUGGUGCUGUGAUGAUGUUCCAUUCAACACUGGUACACACAUUUGUUGUAAUGGAAAUGUUGAUGAAAGAAAAGGGGGUGAAAUGGCAAGAUGUUGCUCACAAGACAGUUUCAACUCCCAAACCCACAUAUGUUGCGACAAUAAUGUGAUUGAAAAAACAAAAGACAACGAUAACAUGUGUUGCGGAAACUUAACGCUUGAUUCAACUAUCGAAGUUUGUUGUAUGGGAACAACCCCACAGCCCAGAAUCGGCGGGGACAAAGUCCAGUGCUGCUUUGAAUUAAGCUUUGGUCCAGAUACUCAUAUGUGUUGCGGAAAAGACGUCAUUGAAAAGGAAAAAAGAAAAGAUGAUUGUUGUUGUGGCCAUAAAUCAAUGAACUCUGAGGAUGACAUUUGCUGCCUUGGUGAAAAACAAACACGUGUUGCUGGGGAAUUUACCUCAUGUUGUGAAGAAACGAGUUACGACUCUAGAGAAGGUAUAUGCUGCAAUGGAAUGGUACGAACAAAAUAUGGCUCAGAAGAUGAUGCUUGUUGCGGGGUCGAAUCCACAGUGGACUCCAAGAGUGAAAUGUGCUGUGAUGGUGUGUCAAACAGACUUGUUGGUGGUAAAUACACGGACUGCUGCGGUAACAAGACAUUUGACAGUCAAACCGAAAUGUGCUGUUAUGGUAAAAUUAUAGAGAAAGUCGACAAUGAUAAUAACUGUUGCUGCGGAGCAACAACGAUGAACACAGAAACCCAGAUUUGCUGCAUGGGAGUACCACAACCUGUGGUUGGGGGUGAUGCAGCAAGAUGUUGUUAUGACAAGAGUUACAAUUCAGAUGAAGGGAUAUGCUGUGAUGCAGGAGACAUAAGAGAUAAAGAAGAGCAGGAUCACGAUUGGUGUUGCGGUUCAUCAACCUUCAAUACCAAGUCCGGUAUAUGCUGCAAUGGUGUCCCACAAGAUAGAAAAGGGGGUAAAAACACAAAAUGUUGUGGAACAGAAAGCUAUAACUCUGACACAAGUUUCUGUUGUGAUAUGAAAAUUGUUCAAAAGAGGGACAAAAACGAUGACUGUUGUUGCUGCAAUAUGACUAUCCAAUUAUCUAAUGAAGUGUGCUGUGAGUGUGAACCUCAACCAAGAUACAGAGGUCCAACAACAUGCUGUGGAAAGCAAAGUUACAACACAAAAGACCAACUUUGUUGUUUUGGUAAAGUCGUUGACAAAAACAAACCCGAAGACGACGGGUGUUGCGGCGAUUCCACCGUCGAUGCUGAAACAGAGACCUGCUGCAUGGGUGUGCCUCAACCAAUACGUAAUAAAGAUACAACGAGAUGCUGUAAGACAGAAAGUUACGAUAAUCGAAAGGAAAUGUGUUGUGAAGACAAAGUAGUGCAAAAGAAUAGCCAAGCAGAUGAAUGGUGCUGCGGAGAUCAGCCAUAUAAUACUAGAAAGCAAAUAUGCUGCCAUGGGUCCGUCGUGCAACAGUCUUAUGGCGAUAGUACACACUGCUGUGGUGACAUUUCUUACGCCGCAAAUACACAGAUUUGCUGCGAUUCAGGCUUAUUUAACAAAACGGAUGAUGAGGAUAACUGGUGUUGUGGAGAUACGUCAUAUAACACGGAAAAACAAAUGUGUUGCCAGGGAAAGUUUGUGGCAGACAAGGUGGCUGGUUCUUCAACCCGCUGUUGUGGACGCAUGAGCUUCAAUCCAAGAAAACAGCUAUGCUGUGAUGUCGAUGUUGUUGAUAAAACGGAUGAUGAUGAUGAUAGUUGUUGCGACAAGGUUACGAUGAAUGCAGAAGAUCACAUUUGCUGCCAUAAAAAGAGAUUUGAUCGAAGAAGUAAAAGUAUGGAGUGUUGUGAUGAAAUUGCGUACGACACAAAUACACAAAUAUGUUGUGCACCAAAUCACGUACAAAAUAAAAGCCACGAGGAUGACAACUCUUGCUGUGGUGAAUCAACAUUUAAUACAAAGCGGGACGUUUGCUGCGACAAAACUCCUCAGCCAUCAUUUGGAAAGACAACUAUUUGCUGUCACAAGAGAAGUUAUGAUUAUUCAAUACAAAUCUGCUGUGGAGAUGAUUUACGAAAUAAGAGAUUAUCGUCAGAUAAUUGUUGUUGCGGAAACACCACUAUGACGUCCGGUCUACACAUAUGUUGCGAGGGUGUACCAGGUAUAGGAACACACUGUUGUGGCGAGAUUGCAUUUAUUGCUAAAGACUACGUGUGUUGUGAUACGGGAAAACUUCGAGAAAAAGAAAAUCCAAAAGACAACUACUGUUGUGGAAAGGAAGAAACAUACAACACGAAAACACAUAUAUGUUGUCUUGGAAAGGUAUUUUCAAAUAAAAGUGACGAAAUGAUGUGCUGUGGCGAUGUUGGUUAUGAUGCUUCGACCCAUAUUUGCUGCCAGGGUACUCUGAUUAAAAAGUCCAAGAAUAGCGAUGACACAUGCUGUGGAAGUACACCCAUGACAGAACGAACCGAAAUAUGUUGCAACGAACAAGUUUAUCCUGGAGGAAAAUACCAUACCUGUUGCGGAGAUAUUAGUCUUGACACAAAAAAAGAGCUUUGUUGUGAUGGUAUUGUGUUUCUUAAAACCGAUCAGAAAGAUGAUUGUUGCUGUGGAAACAAGACAUUUAAUAACCAGUUACAAAUCUGCUGUGAGAAAUCUGUAAGAGAUCGGUAUUCUGCUAGAGAUAAGUGCUGUAAGGAUGAGAAUUAUAAUCCAGUCUCACAUUUAUGUUGUGAUGGAGAAAUGAAAAUUAUUGAGAAGAACGCAGAAGACGAUAACUGUUGUUGUGGCAGAUGGGCAAUGAAUACGGCACGCCACAUUUGUUGCCAGGGCAAGAACGUUCAGGACAGGGUUGCUGGAAAUAAAACAAUGUGCUGUGUAAAUAAGAGCUUUGAUCCUAAUGGAUACUUGUGUUGCAACAUGAAGCUUGUGAAGAAGGAAAAUAAGGAUGAAAACUGUUGCUGUGGCGAUGAGCCAUUUAAUUCAGAUGAACAGCUCUGCUGUGAUGGUCUAUAUGUGCAGCCCGGAGGAAACAGGACACAGUGUUGUGACGAAAUCAGUUUUGAUCCAAACAUGCAUGUUUGCUGUAAUGAGAAAUUGGUAGAGAAGAGAGGAAAGAAAGACUAUGGUUGUUGUGGAAAAGGAACGAUCGAUGCUGAAACGGAGAUUUGUUGCCAUACAAAGGCGCAGCCACUCGUUGCUGGCGUCGAGUACACUUCUUGCUGCUUCGGUGAAAGCUUUGAUACCCGCUCUCAUCUUUGUUGCGAGGAAGGCGUAAGAGAGAAACGCAACAAACGUGACGACUGCUGCUGUGGUAAUUCAACGUUUGAAACACGGCGGGGAGUUUGCUGCAAUGGAAAUCCUUAUACAAAGUCCUCAGUAGAUGACGACGCAAAUUGUUGUGGCGAUGUUGGUUACAACACAGCAAUGUUUAUGUGCUGUGAUAAGGGACUGGUACCGAAAAACGACGCUUCAGAUAAUUGUUGUUGCGGCAAUACCACGAUGGAUACACGGAAGGAAAUAUGUUGUAAUGGUGUUCCUCAGCCACUUACGGGCAAUAUUACACUCUGCUGUGAUUUGCGCAGUUAUAAUACAAAAAAUAAAGUAUGCUGUGAUGGUUUUGAUCUGAUGGACUCUUCCAGCGAAUAUGAUGAUUGUUGUUGUGGCAAGAAAACAUACAACACAGAAAGGCAGAUGUGUUGCGACAUGGAGGUUGUCGAAAAGAAGGGUGGCAAGUACUCUGCAUGCUGUCUUAAGCAAUCAUUUGAUACAAGAUCCGAAAUAUGUUGCAAAGAGGACGUGCGCAACAAGAUGGACAAUAAAGAUGAUUUUUGUUGCGGAGAAAAAAGUACGUACAACACAAGAACUCAAAUAUGCUGCGAUGGAAAGCCCCAAGAUGUCGAUGGUAAUGUGAACGACGGGUCAUGUUGUGGCCCAUAUGGCAUGAACACGAAGAGACAACUAUGCUGUGAUAUGAAAGUAAUAGAUAAAGAACAUCAAAAUGACAAUUGUUGCUGCGGUAAUUCAACCUUCGAUGAAAAAACUGAAGUAUGUUGUGAAGGUGUAGUACAAGAAAAGAUUGGAGGUUCGAAGACACGGUGUUGUGUAAAGAAGAGUUAUGAUCCAGAUUCACAUCUAUGUUGUGACGAUCAAAUUAGAAGGAAAGAUAAACCGGAUGAUACCUGGUGCUGCGGGGAAGGCAGUUUUAACACGCAGAAUGAACUAUGUUGUAAUGGUCACUCUCAACCUGCAGACAACGGUAGAACUAGAUGUUGUGGCGGUAUAAGUUAUAACCCGAAAGAACAAAUAUGUUGUGAUUCUAACGAGGUUAACGAUAAACCCCACCAGGAUGACAAUGCAUGUUGUGGCGAUAGUUCAUACAAUACGAGAAAAGACAUUUGUUGCGAGGGUGUGCCGCAACCAAAAUCUGGCCAAGAUACCGGAUGUUGCAAAAAGGUUAGCUAUGAUCAAGAUACACAACUUUGUUGCGACAGUAGCGUUGUCAACAAGACUUUGAGAGGUGAUUAUGUAUGCUGCGAGAAGCAGUCACUCAAUCCAGAUACACACAUUUGUUGCACGGGCAAAGUACAAGAAAAGACUGGAAGUAAGACUGAAUGCUGUGGUGAUGUUGCUUACGACACCGAUGAAAUGAUAUGUUGUGAUGUUGAUCGAAUGUUAGUGAAGAACCAUGCAAACGAUGACGUCUGCUGUGGCAACGAAACUUACGAGGCAGACAAAGAACUCUGCUGCUACGGGAAUUCCAACAAAAUAUUAACAGACGACAAAAUGGACACGCGUUGCUGUUCGAAAAAGAGUUACAGUAUCUAUGAAAACAUCUGUUGUGAUGGAAUGCUAUUUGAUCUACCGGGUGUAUACGGUAUGUCUGAUUGUUGCAAUGGAAAACCAUAUAACCGCAAAACACAUAUCUGCUGUGCUGGUGAGAUUCGGGGGAAGAAAAAUGCCGACGAUAUGCUUUGCUGUGGAAAAACAACGUACAAUCCAGUUACUGAGGUUUGUUGCACAUACGAAGGAGAGGAAACACCACAACCAGUCAAGAACGCCAGGGGUAACACACGGUGUUGUGCAGGCAAGAGUUACGAUGCAGAUAUUGAUAUGUGUUGUGACGGAGUGAUUCAGCACGCAUGGGUUGGUCGGUUAACCAGAUGCUGUGGCAUUCGUAGCUACAAUCCAGAGAAAGGGUUGUGCUGCGAUGGACAAGUGAUCGAGAAAACAACCCAUUUUGACGAUUGCUGUUGCUGUAACCGUACAUAUGACAGUUCCCGGCAGAUCUGUUGUAACUGCAACAUUGUUAAAAGUAUUAGCAGUUUUCACUCAGAGUGUUGUGGUGGAGACUGCUUUGAUUCAUUGCUACAUCUGUGCUGUGGCGGUGUCGUACGGCCAAAGAAGUAUGGGGUUGAGUCGUAUUGUUGUGGCCCACAGGUUUAUACACCGAAACUCGGAGUGUGUUGCGGAAACUACGUAAUGUGGAAAGUUCCUGUGGAUAUGCCAUGGAAGAAAUAAAUAGUGAUGCAGGAAAAGGAGAUGCAGCAUACAAUAUAUUUUAUCAUUCGACUCCAUGUUGCUUCACCAACGAACCUGGUCGUUUCCUGAUGCGCUGAAAUGUGAAUUUGGAAGUAGUAGUUUAAGCGUAUUUUGAAUCUAGUGCGCUAUUCUAUCAACACUCCUUAUUUAUUGUGAAACGCUGACGAAAAAGACUAGCGCCGUUUCUUCUAUGGUUCUUUGAUUUUGUGCUCUAUGUCUUUGGCGUUUGCCCAGUGCCACUAAACCGGGUUUAUGUUUAAACUUUUUGCUACUGAGCUUGCUUCUGUAGCUCUUUGCAUAAAUAUUGCAUUUAAAAUGGACUUUGCUUAGCAUGUUUUCUGUAUGAUUUCAUUGACAAAUAUCACAUGGUCUAGUCCUACAGCAGUAGUUUGCACUACAGGGCCAGUAGUCAACUUUAUUUAGCCUGGGGAGCAAAGGGUUUUAAGUUUGAAAUGCAUAGCUAUAUAAAAUAUAUAAAUAAAUUGAUGUAAUAUUG